AUGAGCCCGGGGCACAAGAAGCCGGAGCACGCAACGGACGCAAUGCAGCAGGCGUUCUACACUGUCGGCGUAGACGCGGCGUCGAAAGAUCCCCGACGGACCCGAGAAGUCCUCGUGGCAGCUGCUGCAGCCAGUGUACGGCGUCACCCAACCGUGCCCGCGGAUCCAGACGACCCCGCGCAACCAUGGUCGCAAGCCCUGGCGGAGGACAUGGCCGUGGAGUUGCCAGUCGUGCACUGUGCGUUCGUGGGAUGUACGUGGCGGUCGGAGGUAGUAGGCGAGUUGUGCGGGCACGUCCGCGAGGUGCACGGUUCCGUCGUGCUGCCCAUCGCCGAACUUGUUCAUCCAGCGGACGAGGACGAGGACCUCCGUAUCACGGCGGCGUACAAUGCCCCCGCGCUGGCGCAGGCGCUGGACCUGCCGCAGCGCCAGCGCCUGGCCGAGCUGGUCGCCCGCGGGCUGCCCGCCUUCGUCGACGGCCUGGCCAGGGCCACGGGCUCUGGCGCGGGCCGGCGGGCCGAAGGCGCGCGCCGCCACGCGCGCGCACGCCCCAGGCUCAUCACCCUGGGCCCGCAGCCAGCGGCUGCCGAAGGCGCCACCGCCAGCCCCGCCGGCGGGGGCCGCAGCGGCGAUGCCGGCAGGCGGGCGGACGACGAGGCCUUCGCCAAGAAGUUUGCCGCGCUCUUCCUGGACGCGGCCGGACUCCAGAGCCGCAUGGCUAAAUACGGCAGCAAGGCGCCGCCACGAUGCGGCCGCGGCAGCGCGGCCCUCGCCGCGCGGAAGGUGCGGAGGGUGCGGAAGGCCGCGCGCGCGGGCGUCGGCUUCGAGGGGCGCCUGGAUGGCGCGGGCAGCGAGCUGCGGUACGCGCCAGGCUUCGCGGGCGCGGCCGAGGCCGCGGCCUGGUUCUCCGGCAUGCAGCGCGCGGCGGCCUGGGCGCAGGGCACGGUGACGGUGUUCGGGCGGGCGCACCCGGAGCCGCGGCUGACGUGCUACUACGGCGAUGCGGGCCUCUCCUACCGGUACUCGGGCCGCAGCGUCCACCCGCUGCCGUGGUCGGCCUGCCCUCCGCUGGGCGCGAUCCGCCAGAGGGUGGAGGCGGCCACGGGCGAGCCGCCUCAACUCGGUGCUCUGCAACCGCUACCGGUCCGGGGACGACACGGUGGGCUGGCACGCAGACAGCGAGGCCCUGUACGGGCCCUGCCCGACCAUCGCCUCCGUGAGCCUGGGCGCCGCGCGGGACUUCGACCUCCGGGAGGCGGCCGCCUCCCCGGGGGCGAGGAAGCUGCGCGUGCGGCUGCAGCCCGGCUCCCUGCUGGUCAUGCGCGGGCAGACCCAUCGCACUUGUGGCAGCACUGCUUGCCGCGGCGGAAAAAGGUUUCGGAGGAGCCAUCAACCUCACCUUCAGAAAGAUCGUCUUCCCGGGCGCCUGACCGCAGGGGGCCUGGACCUCGCGUUCCGCCAUCCUCGUGCGGCGCAGUGCCCGCGGCCUCGGGGGACGCACCGACGCCGACGCCGACGCCGGGUCUGGCCGCCCGGGCUGCUCUGGACGACAGCGCGUCCACGGCGCGGGCACGCGGCGCCUUUCCGCCCUGGCAGCGGUCGAUCUGGCGCUGCCGCUCCUGGCUGCUGCGCCACCCCGGCUGCCCUGCGGCCGCCGCCCCGCUGCCCCGGCGCUGCCCCUGCCGCGGCCUGGCCCCGCUCUGAGCGGGCCCGGCUUCCAUUUCCCUCCCGCCCGCGCCGGGCCUUUUCUCUUCUUCCUCACGCGCAUCGCGGCUUAAUUCGCAAUUGUAUGCCCUACGUUUGCCCUAUCCGCCAGCGCAGUCACUCUUCCUAGCCGCCGACGCAAAAGUUGGUGACGACACGCACCUGCGGCCACAAUCCAAGAGACCAGUCGCCCAUGUAUCAUACCUUUGGGGUCCGACUGCGUCUUGAGCCGCCCACGCGCCCCGUCGGAGCAGUUUGUCGCGGUGUUCCACGGGCAGGAACGCCGUCGUACGGCGGACCGACUUUUCAUCCGCGGCUCGCGCAUGUGGUUGUACAGCGGUCGUAGGCGCGCGGCCGGCCGGCUUUGGCCUUGGAUUUCUCGCGCAUGCCUUUUGGAGGUCUUCUUGAAGGCCUAGGGGAA